CACGUCCUGAUUUUGCCAAGUCCUCGUUGUCCUGAGACCAAUAUUUUUUUAUGAUGACCCUGGGACAACAACUGCCUCAGCCAAUCAAAGUUUAUGACGUCAUCACUAUGUGCGCAGUGCAGAGUCCGCCAAAAUAACAGUAACGCCCCUCUUACAAAUUCAAAGAAAAGAAAAACUGUCCUGCAUCUGCAACCACCGUGAUACCAGAGAAGAUAGCAAGUAAAAAGAUUUCGACAUCAGAGAUGGAGGAAUUCAUAAAAACAACGGUCUACAAAGAGGAGCGCUUUAAAGGAAACAAAAAAGAGACUGAUAUAACAGUCCAUGUUUUAGAAAAGGAUUUAGAUGCCUGUGCAUUUAUACAGCAAAGACUCACUACCAUAAACACCUCCAAAGAUGCCAACUUCAGGACUGUGAAUUCUGCAAGUUUGCAAAAUCAAAAAAAUGGAUAUUUCUUGUUUUCAUGCAAACGGUCUGGAGCAUGCACGCAACAAAGUCAACGUGCCAAAGGAUGCAAGGCCUAUGUUUCCUUUAAAAAGAGGACAGACUGGCUCAACAAACUGGUUAUAGUCGAAAGGCUUUACACCAUUCAUUCAGGACAUGACCCAUCAAGUUCUUCUGAGGGCCACUUAGAAAACAUUAGUCAAGAGCUAGUCAAGCAUAUUCAGGAUUUAAUAUCUCUUGUUGUUAAACCAGACACAAUUCUCCUAAAAUCACAUGAGUGGUCAAAAGAACAAGGACAUACUGAUCUCAACAACCGAGCUUAUUUUGUUACCCCAAAAGAUAUUGAAAAUAUUCGCACAUGUAUGAUGCGAAAAAAUCAGCAACACAAAGAUGAUGCCACUAGUACCUCACGCCUUCUGGAGGGCCCUUUUAAAGACUAUGUUAUUUUUUAUCAGCCUUAUAGUCCUCAAACAGAUCUUGUCAUAGUUCUGCAAACACUGUCCAUGAGAGACAACCUUCAAGAAUAUGGAAGAGAUAUUGUUUUUAUGGAUGCGACACAUGGUGUCAACCAGUACGGUUUUCCUUUAUUUACAUUACUUGUCAGGGACAGUCAUGGUCAUGGAAUCCCUGUUACCUAUAUCAUCUUGGGGAAUGAAAAGCAAGAGACACUUCAUUUGGCACUGGAAGAACUGAAACCAACAUUUCCUGUACCUCCGAGGAACAUGAAUUUAAUAAGAAAUCUGAGAUGUUUCACUGCCAGUUUAAGAACUUAAAAGAUGUCUGCAAGUACUUCAGGAACCACUGGGAGACAAUUGGUCAUCUGUGGUCUAACUUCGGAAGAUGUUAUAAGCAUGGAGACUCUGACACAAACAAUCUAAUAGAACGGUAUUUAUAAUUUUUAUGCAUGUUUACUGCAUUAUGUAUUUUUGGACUUGCUAGUGUAUUUUGGAAGCUAGUGUAGUGUUUUGAGUAUUUAUUAAUUUGUUCAAAAGUGUACAUUGUAAUAAUUCCAACCUGUUGCUGCACUUCAUUCUGAUCAAAUUUUCCCCCUUAUAGUUUCUUCCACCGUUUAAAAUACCAAUUCCUCUGUGGCAUCCGCAAUCGUAGAUUGGAUCAUUUGAUUGCUGUGCUGCUGAACAAGACUGACAAGUACUUCAAUAUAAUACAGGAUUUGCAGUCUGUUGGGAGGGUCAGUAACCCUUUGAAAUGCAAAAUGGAAGAAAUAAAGCAAUCUGCUGAGAGGAUGCUAGAGAAUGGAUGGGCCAUGAAAAUUACCAUAGCUUCAAAAGAAACAUAUGUAUACAAUGUUCCAUCUGAGAAUAAUCCACAUAUAGUUUACUGUGUGUGUCCUGCAGAACAGUUCUGCAGUUGUGAAGCUGGUAAAAGGGCACAUACGUGUAAGCAUCUCUUUUUAUUAAGUCUUCUCACUUGCUGUGGUCCUGAGAAUUUUCCAGACAUGGACACACAACUGCAGGCCCAUGCCAAUAACUUGAUUCGAACAAAUAAGUAUAGCAUUACUGCAAAGCCUCAAAAAACAAUAGAGGUUGAAAGCUUAUUUGGAAGAGCAGCAUCAAAACCGUGUAUUGUGACAAGUAUAUGUGACUGCUGUACUUUCUCAUACCAUAAAAAAUGUGCUUGUCUACUGCUUGCGAAGGGACUUUUGAAUGAGGUGAUUGAGACAAAAUCAAGAAGUUCUAUGAACAAUUCAGUAGAGCCGAUACAAAAUGAAAUUGAGAAUGAAAGUGCAUAUGAAGAUAUGCGUCGUACAACUAUCAGGAAACUGGAAAGCGUACUGAAGAUUCUACAGACAUGGGAGAGAAUUCCAGAGGAUAUUGCCCAUAAAGUGAAUGAACUAGAAGUGCAAACAAAAGAAGAAAGUAUGAACAUUAAUGGAUUUGGGAGACUUUGUGAUGCAGACAUGUCACGUAAAAUACAUCUACUGUUUGCAACAAGAAAAAGAAAGACAGACAGAGAAACAAACUCAAAAACAAGGACAUCUGUCACAUCAAGUUUUCCUGUUAAGUCAAGAAGAAAACGCAGAGCAAACAGUGGGCCAAAAAAGUAAUUCAAAUAAAGUUUAAAAGAAAUGUUUUAUUCAAGUGCAUA